AUGGCUCAUGCCUCAACUUGUCUCGGGACAGACAGCGAUACAGACGCAGUCGGUGCCUGGUAUCAUGCCCACAUUGGCCGGGCCAUCAAAACCGCGGAUCACCCCCUGGGACGAGGAGUGUACCACCAGAGGCCUAAUCAGGCCAUGGAUACUCUACUCUUCUUGCACAAACUCCGUCAUACUGGACCAGUUCUGGUCGAAAAGCUGCGUACCGUACGUGACCAGAACCCUCAAAGAAACGACGCAUCGGAUGCCGUCGGAGUCUUGACCGAUUGCUUAUGUCCAGCACACAAGAGUAUCGCACGCGUAUGCUUGUCUCUUGUCUGUCCAUCCCAGGCAGAAAAUUUGUACACCAAGCAGCUUCUCGAGGGUGUCUGCCCUGGUAUCUCGGCUGUAGUCAACUUUUCUUACCCGUUCCAGACUUUGGCCACCACAACCGCCGAGGGAACUACAACGGCUACUUCGGGGGGCAGCGGUCCUGAUGGUGCUGCGGGGGCGUUGAGAGUUCCAGUGGCCUUUCCGAUUGUAGCUGUCGCUGUUGGCCUGUUUUUACCCUUGCUAUGA